AUGAUGGUUGCCUCUACAGAGUUGUCGCCCAAACCCAAAACCAUCAAGGCCUCCGGUGCCGAAAGAGUCGCCCAGGCAUGUGACAGGUGUAGGUCUAAGAAAACCCGGUGUGAUGGAAGACGUCCCCAAUGUGGGCAGUGUGCCAUUGUGGGAAUCGAGUGCAAGUUGAGUGAUAAGCUCUCGAGGAAGGCUUUCCCGAGAGGAUACACAGAGUCUCUCGAGGAGAGGGUCCGAGAACUGGAAUUUGAGAACAAGAAACUGCAAAAACUUGUGGAGUUGAAGGGUUCCGAACCCAGCCUGGUGAAACCAGUUACCAACGAGAAUUUGAACAUGCUCAACAAAGAGCAGCUGGUUUUGCCUCCUGAUCAUAUACAUGAUGCUACUUGCAACUGUGAAAAUCAUCCAAACUCCGUUCAUGAGAGACCUGUCUCUAUAGCUGGAUCUGUGGACUUGAACCUUACUGACGAUACUGACUCGCUGCUCUCGGCAACAGACUUUGCGCGUAUUUCCAACGACGAAAACAGGUCUUUUGAGCAGAUAAAUGCUCCUGGUGCUGCUGCUGCCAUUGCCAUCCAGAAUAAACUGAAUUCGAAAGACUUUAUUAACCUAGCCAACUUGAUCGCCAUGUCCAUUCCUAGGUCUACUGAAGAAACGAUGUUCAUUCCAAAUGUUCUGGCGAAGAUUUGCAACGUUCAUGGCUUCAAUUCAAAGGCAGCCUUCAUGACAGCCAGAUCGAUUGCUUUGCUCAAGGAAACAUCCACCAGCAGUGCAUUUAAACACAUCAACUUCAGAGGCGUGGACUUCACCAGCCUGACCAAAGAUGAAUCGAUAGAGUUCUUUCAAUCGCUGAACUUACCCAACCAUACGAAUCUGGACCUUUUCAUUACUUCUUAUUUCAGCAGCUGGAAUGAUUAUAUACCGUCUCUGAACAAACAGCUUUUCAUGGCUAACUACGUGAAGUUCAACAAGAGUCGAGACGUGGACUUCACCGAUGGGCUGAUGUUUGGAAAUGAGAGCUUUGUUGAGAUCCUGAUUAUUAUACUGACUCUGGUGAUGAAAAAUCAAGAGAAAAACCUUUUCUCACAUCAAAUUGACAGUGAAAAGGAAAUAACCAAGCAAGAAACCCAUUACGAGAUAUUGAUGUAUUAUGACCACUUGAUUCAUCAGUUCAUCAGAUCCAAUCUUUCUUCUAUUUGUUCCGUCCAGUCACUGCAGAAUACCACCCUGGAGCUCUUUUACUGUUUGAAUAUCGGAGACCUUACCACGAGUUACGAUCUUAGAGGAAAGAUGAUUACCAUGGCCCAGCAGCUGAGACUUCACAGAUGCCCCUCUGCUGUUCUCGGUUCAAGUGGCUCCACCCUAUCCAAAAUCCAACAGGGUGAGAGAAGAAUCUUGUUUUGGAACAUAUUCACUCUGGAUUCGUUCAGUUCAAUGUUGCUCGGUGUCCCCAGACUAUUGAAAGACUCCGAGAUUGAGUGUGCUCUUCCUUCCAGUAACAACGACAACAAUACCACUGACGACAUCAACAUGGUGAUGUUUAACAACACAGCACUAUCAUUGGUUGGUAAAGUGUCGGAUUCUGCUUUGAGUAUAAUGAGAUACUCCAGGGUGCUGGGGACUGUUUUGGACUCAAUCUUCAAAAGGAACUCGGGUAGCUCCAUCAGUGAUGAGAUUUGUUUUGUCCUUGAGAACCAACUGGAGAGCUGGAGAAAGGACUUGCCUGGCUACAUCGCUGGUGAUGUUGAUGUGAAUACUGUUUUGAAGGAGGCAGAAUACACGAACUUGAACGAAAAGCAGUUGAGCUUUCUUUUCCUGUAUUUCCAAGCAAAAUUGCUCAUCUAUUUACCAAUAAUGGGCUCGGAAUCCUCAACAUCUGCUUCCCGCAAUUCUUCGUCAUACAUAAUUAUUCAGCAAAUCACGUCCUCCCUGCUGUCUGUCUAUCAGAAGUUGUCCACCAAAGAGCACAACUUUCACGCGUUAUCGUUGCCUCUGAGCAGUUCCAAGCAGGUGGCUCGGUUUGCUCUCAUCUUUGCUAAGGGCUCGCUUGAAUACGGACGAGGAGGUUCGCUUUUUCAAGAAUCCAAGAUGCUCCUGGGAGAUAUAAUCAAGAUGCUGAAGUUCGAGACAGAGAUUGGGCUCUUAGGAUGUAUUUCCAAGAACUGUGUUGAAUCCCUGGAGGUUGCCAUUGACCAGAUAUUGUCACCUCCUCCAUCUUUGAAGAAGAUCAAGAGGAAAACUCCGCCUUUGAGAACAUCUGAACUGAGACUGAAAGAUGAGCACGAGUCUACGUUGAAUGAUAUAUUCACUAAGAGGGCCAAGUUUGGAGGUGAACCUACUAUUCAGUCGAAACAGAGGAAUGAGCCUUACGAUCUAAACAACCUCUUCCAACCAUAUUUGCCUGAGAAUCUGGAAUUUGGAGUAGACGCAUCGCUUGGUCUGAAUUUGUUGAACUUUGACUUUGAUUUCAACCUGGGUGGCUUCAAUGGUAACCCAAAUAGCGGUCUUGAAUCGGGAGUUAAAAAGGAGGGUUCAGAAACAUUUUGGAAUGUUUGA